AUCUCUAAUCCCUACUAACCAUGGGAAACUGCAUAAGAUCACAACCAAAAACAGUACAAGUAGUAAAACCCGAUGGCAAAAUCCUCGAAUACAAUCCAUCGACAACAGUGUGCGAGGUGCUAUCCAAAUUUCCCAGUCACGAGCUAUCCGAUAAGCUGCCAAUCCUGCAGUAUAUGAGUCCGAAUGUGACAUUACUCGCUGGGCGAUUAUACUAUCUUAUUCCGGUUCCUAGUCUGACUCGAAAGAUUAAGAACAAGAAAGUAAGAUUUGCGGAGCCUGAGAAGGCCGAGGAAAGGCAAGGGAAAGACUCGAGAUUGACUGUUAAGUUGGUGAUUAGGAAACAAGAGCUAAAGGAGAUGCUAGAACGUGGUGGUGUUUCGAUAGAUGAACUUGUAGCGAAGCGACAUGUUGCGGGUGGGUUAGAGAAUCUCGACGAGUAUAGAUGUGGGAGAAGUACAUGGAUUCCUGCUAUGCAGAGCAUUUCUGAAUCUGAUACUGAUGAUUUUGCGGUUAACAAGCCUGUAUUACGAUUAUGA